UGACUAUUCAAUAUCAAAUCAAUUGAAUCCAUGUGAACUAUGACUAGAUCUCAGCUAUCAUGCAUAGCUCAAGAACGACAACGAGAACUAAUAACGCACAAAGGCAGACAGUACUAGCCUGUCAGCGAUGUCGCAUUCGCAAGCAGAAAUGUAAUCGCAAUCGACCCUGCGAUAAUUGUGCGCGAUCGGACGCAGUUUGUAUUUCUAAUGAGGGCGUAUCUAAAAGGGCUCGUGUAAAUGCAGAAUAUGCACAUACACUUGAAAAGCGCGUACGCGAGUUAGAGGGGGAAUUACAGCAGUCAAAUUUGCGAAAUGGUGGCUCAAUACCGACAGCCCAUCCAGAAAGCCCAGAACAAAGACCUCAUUCUCCUACUAAUCAACCACCGGCCACGACCCAGUCGUAUUGCCGGGAGGGAUUGAAUCACCCCAUCGCAGCUCUUAAUCCAUAUAUUGCGCAACAGCGGGGAGAAUAUCCCACAUUUUCUGAUCAUACUGAGCAUGAUCUAAUUCAGACAUACCUCGAGCGUGUAAAUCCACGAUAUCCAUCCCUACAUCAGGAUACGUUCAAGGACUGGUAUAGCUCGUGGAAAGAUGGUAGAAUACUACCAGAUGAAGAGAAAUGGAAAUCAUUCUUCGUGAAUAUGGUCUUUUCUAUUAGUCUCCUGAUCACACCCCAGGUAUCUCCAGAUGAAAUGAAGCUCUCCCAGACUCUAUACUCCUGUGCUACAUCAUCGCUUGGGUCUGUCUUGGCCAAUCCGGACCUUGUUCUACAUGUUCAGGCCUAUCUCAUGUGUACUCUUCAUGCCCUUCAUUCUCCAUCUUCGCAGACCGUUCUUACUAUGAUAUCCGCCACCAUGCGCAGCUGUGCUGUUGCUGAGCUGCAUCUUGCUAGUGCUGAGCCUGAUAUUACUGAUGCAUCUACGGCCCUUGAAGUGCAAUCACGACGCCGCAUAUUCUGGUCUGCUUAUGCUAUUGAUCGGCUUGUCAGCUGGAUCUAUCACGUCCCGUGCAGUCUUGCAGAUGAUAAUAUCCAUGUUGAGCUAUUCGCAAACAUCAAUGACAACGAGCUCAAAACCUGGACAAGAUCCCACUCCAACUCAGAAAUAGAAUCAACCCCACGACGAACCCAAGUCUCCUCUGCUCUCCAUCUCAUCCGAGGCCGCCGAAUCCAAUCACGAAUACUGAGUCUGAUGAUGCGCCAUGAUUACGAAACGCAGUGGGCUCAUUCUCAUAACUGGCGUCUCCACAUACUUGACGAACUUAAUCAAUGGAAGAACCAACUUCAACGACAUAGUGAUCCAUCCUCGAAGGGAUAUACGAGUGAAGGGUGGGUUGGUAUGGCGUAUAACUACACCGUGCUGCUUUUAUAUAGACCGACGAAGAGUAAUGUGCGUGGGUUAGUGGGAGAAUCCUGUAUACAGGCCUGUGUGGAAAUUGCCUUGUGCUUUCGGCAGUAUCAAAAGAAUCGGCAGACAGCGCAGUUGUGGCCGGGGCUCCUUAGUCAAUUCGGAAUUGGUAUCACUCUUCUAUACUGCUUCUGGGCUACUCCACCAUCAUCCAGGUCUGUUGUUUACCACUCACGGAAUGUAUCAGCAACCAUUCGAACAUGUUCGGUCAUUCUGGCUGUAUUUUCCGAACACUGGAGGCAGGCCGAAGUAUUACGGGAUGUCUUUGAUGCCUUGGCUGAGUCUAUCCCAUUCCAAUACUCCGACAUCGAUGGAGAUACUAUACUUCCAGACUCAGUCACUACCUUUAUCCAAUCCAAAAUGCCCGAAAUAAGAUCGCUUGUGGUGAAUCGCGACAUCUGCCGGAUGAUGAAAGAGAUGGUUUCAGAGGAAUAUCCUUGGGAAGGUUGCCCUUCGGACGAUCUGCUUGGAUGGUCUGCAGACGAUGUACACCAUCCUCCUACAUGUUACUUUUGCGUGCAGAGUCAGUCUGUGAUUGAACGAUCGGCUUUGAACUCUCCUGGUAUUUGGCCAGUCCAUGCUCUGGAUAACGGCCUUUUAAUGUUUCCAGGUUUAUUUGGGUCUGCUGAAUUUUGA